AUGUUUACAGAAGGACGGGGCGAUGAGAAGGCAGGCGAUUACUCUGGGCCAUGGCUCCAGACGCAGCUCAUGCUGUCGCUGGGAGUAGGCCUCACGUCCUUCCUCGUCUUCAGCUUCCUCCGCACAAGAUGGCAGCUCGUCUAUAUGCCCCGCACCAAACUACAGGACUUCUCGCCUGCCGCCGCGCACGUCCCGGACGUGCAGCAGCGCGGCUGGCGACGCCUAUUUGGCUGGAUCAUUCCAACAUUGCGCACAAGCGACUACGUCGUGCUCCAAACAGUCGGCCUCGAUGCCUCGGUCCUCCUGAGCUUCUUCUUCAUGUGUUUCUGUCUCUUUGGCCUCUUCUCCUUACUGUCCUUCUUCGAGGUCGUCGCGACCCUAAUCCUCGAGCCUGAUGGCGUUGAAGAUCCUGUGGAUGCGAUGGGCUUCAGCAACGCAUGGCCUGUCCUCAACGGCACGAAUAUGAAGCGCUCGUUCGAGGAAAUCCUCAAGGACCCCAGGCCCCCGACAACAGUGUACAUCACCUUUGUGUACAUCUUCACGGGGCUCACGCUUUGGUUCCUCCACCGCAACUACCAUUACUUUGUCAACGCGCGCCAGGCCUUCAACCUCGGUCUUAUCCAUUCGGUCAGCUCUCGUACAGUAAUUGUCACGCAGGUGCCGCACUACCUUCGUGGCGAUCGCCAGCUCGCAGAGUUCUUCGAGGGCUGCGGAUGGAGAGUUGAGUCCGUUAGCAUCGGGCGUCACGUACACCCAAUCCGUGUGGCGCUCGACAUGCGGACCUGCGCGCUCCGCAACCUCGAGCGCGCCUGGGUUGACUGGCUCGGCAACCCAGCCAAGGCAGAGGGAUAUACCCCCGACAUUUACAGCAAGGCAAUGCGCAACGUCAAUGGCGGAGCGCCCCGUCAAAGGAGUCCAGAAGACGAGACUGAUACUACCCCACUCGUACAGAGCACAGGCGACGUCAGUACCACGUACGGCAGCACAGAGCUGGAUCCCGAAGUGUUGCGCCGCGAGUUCAGCGACAUCCACACCGCAAAGCCACGCCCGAAGCUUCGGCCUCACUGGUUCGGCGCCAAGGUCGACGCCAUCAGUUACUGGGAGAAGAAAUUUGAGGCUGCGGAUGAGGAGGUGCGGCACCUUCGCAAGACUGGAGAGUUCCCAGCGACGCACGUCGCGUUCGUGACCUUUGACGACGUUAAGGACACGCAGUGCGCGGCACAGGUCGUGACCUACCGCGAGCACUCACAGAUUGUGACCAACCUGGCUCCCGAACCGCGGGAUAUCAUCUGGAAGCAUGUGAAUAUGACUCGCCGUUCGGCGUCGAUUCGCGACAUAGUGAUUAUGGGCAUUAUGACGAUGGUGCUGUUGUUUCUGACGCUGCCCACCAACGCCGCAUUCGCGUCGCUGCUCUCGGACAAGCUGAUCAAGAAACGCGCUCCGUGGCUGUGGAAUCUGAUGAACAACGAUGAACGGCUCAAGGCGUUUAUCCAGACUACAUUGCCGUCGAUCCUCGUCGCGACUUUCAACAGCCUCAUCCCAUUCCUCCUCGAAUGGCUCUCGUACAUGCAAGGCUUCCGCUCGCGGAGUGCCGUCGAGUUUUCGCUCCUGCGCAAAUACUACCUUUUCCUUGUCCUCUCAGUGCUCCUCAUCUUCCUGGUGGCGUCGACAUGGCUGAAGUGGUUCGAGCUGGACUUGGGAAAUAACCCCUCAGAAAUCCCUAGAAAGCUUGCCGAGUCGCUGCGAUCCUCCAACGCCCGCAACUUUAUGGUCUCGUACGUCUGCCUGCAAGGAAUGGCCAUGAUGCCACUGCAGUUCCUCAACCUCGGGCCGCUCUGCAGUCUGGUCUUCUCACGCAUGUUCGCCAGGACGCCGCGCGACUUUGCCGAGGCAAACGCCCCACCCGAGAUCAACUACGGCUGGGUCAUGUCUCCGCCGCUGCUCAUCUUCACCAUCGCCAUGGUGUACAGUGUCGAGUCGCCGCUCGUUGUCAUGUUUGCCGCCGUGUACUUUGGCAUGGCCUACUUUGUAUACAAGUACAAGCUGCUGUUUGUUUACUUCAAGCCGUUCGAGGCAGGCGGCACAGCAUGGGGCAUCACCUUCCGGCGUAUGAUCUGGGGCCUCCUUCUCUUCCAGGUUUUCGUCACAGGCCUGUUUUCGCUACGCAAGAAGCCGACAGCCGUGCUCUUCAUGGUCGCGCUGCUCGUAUACACCUCGUGGUGGGGCUAUGUCAUGAACCGAGACUUCACCCCUUUGAGUGACUACACGGCCCUCAGCAACAUCUGCGAGGUGCAGAACGGCGAGGGCGCUGGCGACGUCGCAGGUAUCCCAGAAGCGCCGCGCUCGCAACAGCACCUCAACCUGCGGCGGUACGCGGUCAACGACGAUACGCUAUACGUCGCCCCCGCAGACUCGCGAACAGACUACUCGCAGCCCCCAAUGAACAUGUUCUACGAUGGCGUCCUCAACACCGGACGUCGGCGGUACGCAUCGCCGGCGCUGAAUGGGCGCCUCCCGCGCCCGUGGUUGCCUACACCAGCACGUCACCGAGAAUUCGGAGACGGGGUGGCGGAACGGCGUGGCGUUGUCCUCUCCUUGCGCCGUAAGGUAGCAAAGGGAUUCAAGCGCAACAAGAACAGCUACACUGACGCUCCUGCCGACUCGCCCGUCAGGGUCAUGGACGAGCCACCCCGCGUGCUGGAGGGCGAAUCCAGUACGAGCUGGAACGUUAAUCCGUGGCGUGAUCCAUCGCCCGCCACUGGGUCGCCCACGAUCCCGACACCCUCGCGCUCACCAGGACGCAUGAGCUUUGACUGGAGCUCGGGUGUCAUGGCGUUCCCGGACGAGCAUGUAUGGGACGACGACGGCGACGACGGCGACGACUCGGCACCGGAACCUGACGAUCCUGCCAGUCCUUCGACGUACUUCCACCGGCCAGAGCGGCGGACAACCAUCUCUGGACUGAGCUUGGACGCACCGGCGCAGCAGCAUAGAGAGGGCCGACAGUGA